GUGACGUACAACACAGUAUGACCUCUCUUGCUAGCUAGCGGUAUCUUACCAUUAGAACUUAUGCUAACAUUUCCAAAUUGUGGAGAACAUUUUACACAAUGGACCAGACUAAAGAAGAGGAUGAAUAUGGAUACAAUUUAUUCCCGGAGAGGAACAGGGGAAAAUACAAGAAAAACUCAAUCGGGGAGAGCCUGUUCACUUUCAACCACAAGUGUCGGGUCAUGUUACAGUUCGCAAUGGAAACUAGUCCGUAUGCCAAACUCCUCCUCAGUGCCAUGAAAAGUUCAGGAUGCCAAGUGUUUAAAGAUCGACAUUUCUCCUGUGAAGACUGUGACGGGACGGUUAGCGGUGGCUUUGACGCAGCUUCUUCUCAAAUCGUUCUGUGUCAGAACAACAUCCACCAGCAGUCCCAUAUGACCCGAGUGGUCACACAUGAGCUCAUUCAUGCCUUCGACCACUGUCGGGCCCAUGUGGACUGGUUCAGCAACUACAGACAUCUGGCUUGUUCCGAGAUCCGGGCAGCUAACCUCAGCGGAGACUGCUCCUUUAGCAAUGAAGCCGCCAGAUUCAACUUCGGCUUGAAGCAGCAUCAUCAGGAGUGCGUCAGAGGCCGCGCCCUUCGCUCCAUCCUGGCUGUGAGGAACAUUAGCCGCAACGAGGCGGAGAAAAUAGUGGAUGAGGUCUUCGACACGUGUUUUAACGACCACGCACCGUUCGGACGAAUCCCGCACAGCAAGACGGACGCUCGGUUUGCCAACAGAGAUUAUGAGAACAGAGAUCGAUAUUAUGCAAACCUUUAGUGUCAUCACAUUCCCAUUUAACUCAAGGGUGCCGGGACUGGCGGUGACGCUGACAGGAGCUUGGCAGCGUCAGGGUCGCAGUCAGCGCAAAAAGCCUCAACAGAAUGCCAGUGUGUCGAAAACCAUCAUACCCCUUCAGAAGUGAUUUUGAGAGAAUUAUUUGUCCUUGGAACAGGGAAGCAAAGGAAGGAGCAAUAGUAUAUUUUAUUCUCUUCCUUUUGGACACUAAUUCUGUAUAAAGGGAUUGUAAGGAGUGAUUUUGCUGUGGGAGUACACAUUAGAUGAGGCCUCAGUGAUUUCUUUGUCAGUUGUUUUUAGAUGAUAUUAUGGGUGCUUUUGAGGAAAUACAGGAUUUCCUUUUGACUUUCUGCUCUUCAUCUUGUUGCCACAUUGACCUCCACUAAUUUCUUGUAAAUAGAGCUGAUUGUGCUUAAAUUAAACAGAAUCAACUUGUGUUUGAAUUAAAGUUGGAUUCCUCUG